CAUAUCUAUAAUUAAAAAAAUUGUAUUUUUCAAUUUAAAGAGCAUAAAAUUCUGUUUUAAGUCGUACCAUUAAUGUAAAGCACCGAUUGAUAUUGACACUUCCCGAAGCAAAAAACUCUUUAAAGCAAAAAUUGUCUAAGGUCUUAAUAUUGAAUUAGUAUUAUUGAUGUGAACCGAGUCUUAUGACAUUUGACGAUCAUUUCAUUGGUUUUCGAAAUGUCAUAAACGCCGCUUCAUUCAUACCGAGAACACAUUAUUUUCGAUAUACGUGCAUUUUGUAUCGAUUUGAUCCGAACUUUCCACACUUGAUCAAUCGAUUGACAACUUGUUGAAUUCAAGUCACCAGUUAUUCAAUAGGAAAAUGGCGAAUCGUUUCAAGCCAUCCAUACCAGCGAAGGGAGAAACGAAGGAUGAGAUUACGACGAUCAAAUGUGCACUAAAAUCAAUAAUUCGGCCGCCAUACCAGCAGGAACUGAUCGGCAAAAUAACUGAUCUAAGUCUACAGGCUGCAAUGAUUUGCAAUUUGGGUUCGUUGCUGUUCUUAUUAGAGGUGCAAAAGGCAUAUGAACGUAGGCAUCAACAAUGGUGACUUCAGCUUCUUUGCCAAUAGCGGGGAAGAAAAGAUCAACACAUGUUUUAGUCAAGUGCUAGCAAAGCACAACCCAAAAAAUCCGAAGCCGAAAAAAACACCAAAGCCGAAGCCAAAGCCAGAGCCAAAGCCAGAGCCAAAGCCGGAGCCAGAGCAACCAUCAAAGACUAAACGGAAACCCCGUGGACCAGCAAAAGAAAUUCCACCAAUCGAUCCAGAAUUCAAGGCAAUUGUGGAAGGUCUUGAUGAGGUCCAUCGCUUUGAUUGGCCCAGCAACAAAGAUUUCGGUAAUGGCCUCAAACAUCUAUGCAAUCAAUACAUAGACAACAAUGUCACCAAUUCGCAAACACAUUCGGAUAAACACAUAACCCAAUAUCUGAAGAUGAAAGUGUUUCAGAUGAACACAAAUGAAGCCAUUGAAGAGAAAUACCUGCCAAGUGACAUCGACUGUGUGGUGAAGCUCAUUCUCAAGGAAAAGGUCAUCAAAGUGCCAGCUAGUGACCCAAAUAAACUUUAUCGGUGCGGAGUUUUGUAUGACAUCGUCAAUAAGUUGAAUGUGUUCCCGGAAAUCGACCUACAUGAUCUCACGACUAAUUCAAAAAAUUGGUUCAAAGCUGUGCCGAUGUAUCUAUCUAUGCAACGCGAGAUAGAAGAAUUUAAUUUGCUGCGAGCACAUCAAGAGCCACCGAAGAAACGCAAAAAGAGAAAGCGCAGAAGACCGAAGGGUAAGAAAAGAAAGUGGAUCAUCAAACGAAAACAAAUGCUCGACGAUUUGGAAUAUCUACCGUGCAUUCGCAAUUUGGUGGUAGUUCCGAUGUGUGAUUUUCGGCGUACGCACUUCAAAAUCGACUCUUCGAGUAUGUAUCAGAUCUUGUCUUCUCAAAAAUUGAUUCCGAAACAGUUAACUGCAGACGGAAAACCAAGUGGAAGAAAUAUUUCAGAAAAGGUUUACAACGAGAAUAAAGAUUACAUAUGGAAUCAGUAUCUUUGUAUGCGUAAAAUUCGGUGGUUUGUCCGCCGCAAAAAGAAAUUUGACUUUUCGAUAAACAGCGAUGGAAUUGCUGUGUCUCUGCAGUAUUCCACCAAAAAGAAGGAGACCAGCAACACACAAUUGGGCACCAGUCGAUUGGACAUCAUUGACAUGUUGAAGGCGGGCAAAUUCAAAAGAUUGGGAGGUACAGAUUCAGGCAUGCGGAACUGGAAUACCACAACAAUACAUGAAAUUGAUACUUGCAAAGAAAUCAACUUUGUUAAAAAGAGCAAGCAGUUCUAUUGGGAGACACAUCAAAACGUACGAAACGCAAAUGCGAAGCGAUUCACGAAAAAUUUCAUCGAGAAAGAAAGACAAGAUCGAGAGAAUCGUGAGCUGUACGCAAUGAUGCCAUCACCAAAAGGUUCACAGUGGCUGAGCUAUAUUAAGCAUCGAGUUAAGAUGACCAAACAUGGAAUCGAAGCUUACUCGACUGCAAAGUACACUAGACUCGCCUUGGACAAAUACAUUAGGAGCAACAAAGCUAUCGACGGAUUUGUGAACAAGAUCACCAAUAAGGAACCGACUCUGUUAUUCCAUGGUGCUGAUGGCGAAGUACCACCUGAUUGCCCGAUAAGAAUUAAAAAACACGUGCGGUGUCCAGGUGUACGCAAACUGAUGCAGGCAUAUAAGAAGCGACCAUACAUUGUUGUCGUGCCGGUGGACGAAUGGGGAACAUCUCAAACAGACGCAAGAUGUAUUUGCUGAUUUCAAAACCAACCCAAAUCAGCCAAAUUCAAGAUGUGUCGGUGCAUACCCAACGCCAUAACACUGCUUCCAGCCAAAAUUGUGUCUAAGUUUGGCAAGACAGAUACAUCUACAUAUCGACAGUUACAACGCACAUUGAACGGAGCAUUUGAAAUAGAAGAGGAGCUAAUGUCAAGAGUAAAACCUUACUACAAAAAAUGGCAAUUAGACCUCGAAUGCACCGUGACUUGGCAUCGUGACGUCGUGGUUGCUAAGAACAUUCUACUGAAAGGACUAUGGACAUUUCUUGGACUUCCAAUACCUGCUGCAAUCAACCGAUAUUGGAAUCAAAUCAACGCCGAUGCCGCCGUCUUCGACGACGAUAACGACGUGGACAUAUCCGAGCCCGAGUUCGAAUAGCAGCCAACUACAGGGUGGGCCAGAAUAACUGCAAUUUUUAUAUGUGCUCAGAAAAAGUAUUGUUUUUUACUAAAAUUGAAUGAAAACUUUAUUGGGAUUUAGAAUAGGGUCCAAAAUUUUAAAUUCAUGUUUUGGUUUUGAUUCUUCCUCCGUUUGCACGGAUCACCAAACGCAAACGUCGUAAAAACGAUUUACACGCGGACCGCACCAUUUCGAUGGGAAUAUCGUUCCAAAUCUUGACGAUUUUCUUUUUAAAUGCAUCCAAUUUUGUGGUUUUCGUAAUCUUCAGAUCAUUUAACUUUGAUUGCAUGUAGCCCCACACAAAAUAAUCCAAUGGAUUCAAGUCUGGAGACGAUGGCGGCCAUUCGUCUUUAUCAAUAAAAUCAGGCACAUUUUCCUUUAACCACUGUUGCACUCUGUUUGCUCGAUGUGACGGUGCCCCAUCUUGUUGAAACACCCAUGGUUCAUUACCAAACACUUUUUUGGCGUGUGGCAACAAUUUUUUGCGCAAUAUUUCUUCUUCAUACACAGCUGCAUUGAUUUUAACGCCACUUUCAACGAAAACAAGGGGAAAUUUGUGGUCGGCCGAAACGGCGCCCCAAACCAUGACACUUGACACAUUUUGAUAUCGUUCAACGACUAAAUCAUCUUCAGGAAUGUCCUCAAUUGUCGCUGCGUAAACACGAUCAUUUUGCGCAUUGAGACUUGGCUGCAAAAGGAACAACUUCUCGUCGGAGAAAACGAUGUUUGAGGUUGCGGCCCGGCUUAGCAGAUCUUUGCAUUUUCGCUUUCUAUCUUGCUUAUUUUUUUUUGUCAAACCAUGUUUUCGGGUUUUUUUGAAUGGUUUCAUUCCCAAAUCUUCUCUCAACACUCGUCGCAUUGAAGAUCGACUGAUAUUGUGCUCACGAGCUAAUAUUCUGGCGCUUCUUUUGUUAUUUCGAAGAAUUUUCUUUCGUACCUUUUGGACCAGACCUUUUGUUCGUACAGAUCUUUUUCUGCCCGUUUUUCGCUUCACAUCGACAGUUCCACGCUCCUUGUAUCGUUUUAUGGUGCGAUGAAUAAAAUUCAAACUGAUAUUGUCGAUCUGAAGCUUCCGAAAAAUAUCAAUUUGUCGCAAACCUUUUUUAUGCAAAUUCAAAACGAGUUGACGUUUCACAUCCAUUAUUGUAGCAAAGUAAACAAGAACUGCGCAAUAAUGUGCAUCAUCACAGUGGAUAACCAAAACAUGAAUAAACAUAACGGUAAACAAAAGAGUGACUGGAAAGUUAUUAUAGUAGUAUCUACAUAGGUGCGAAAAAAAAUUGCAGUUAUUCUGGCCCACCCUGU